UUCAGUUCAUAAUCUGAACGCUUGUGAUGCUUCUGGUGACAUCUCCUAAUUCCUAGCUCUACGCCAGUCUUUGAACGCAGCACUAGAGCCGCCCCAGUCCACCGGUGGUUUCCCUCAGUCCCUGGUUCUCAGGCGGUGGUGACGGUCAUCAGUGGAACCUGGACCCGGAAUGCCCACCUGCCUCCCGGCUGCUCACUGGUUUCUGUGGCGGAGGAGCAGCAGGACUCUGGAUGAAUGAGUGAGAGACAAACUGCGGUGCAACAGGCUCCAGGGCUGAAGGUCCCUGAAGGCUCCUCCGCUCCUGUUGCACACAGAGCGGCCGAGAUGUCCCUGCUGUGUGUCCGAGUGAAGAAAGCCAAACUACAUGGGCCUCCAGAGAAGUUCAACGCCUACGUGACGUUGAAGGUGCAGAAUGUGAAGAGCACGACCAUCACAGUCCGCGGGGACCAGCCCUGCUGGGAGCAGGACUUCAUGUUUGAGAUCAGUCAUCUGGAGUCGGGUCUGGUGGUGGAGCUGUGGAAUAAAGGUUUGAUCUGGGACACGAUGAUCGGCACAGCGCUGAUCCCCUCGGACAGCAUUCGACAGUCUGACGAGGAGGGACCAGGAGAGUGGACGUCUCUGGACUCGGAGGUGCUGAUGAGGGAGGAUGAGAUCUGCGGCACCUCCAACCCAACUCCACACCAAGUGCUGCUGGACGCUCGCUUCGAGUUACCCUUCGACAUCCCAGAAGACGAGGCUCAGUACUGGACCAGCAAACUGGAGCGGAUCAAUACCAUGCGGAUACACGACGAGUUUCCUCUGCAGGAAGACGUCCAGAGACAACGAAUGGCGUCCGCUCCCUCUCACUCUCGAUGA